GUAUUUGAGUAACAAAAUACAUUUUUGUACACUUUCGAGUAUGCUCUACAACAUGGCAUAAACAACUAUUUCAAAGCUUUAAAAAAAUACUUAAUGUCUGAAGUGUCGCGUUACGUGGACAAGCCGUAUUAGAGUUAUUAUACUAUCAGGAUGAUGAUAAUAGGAUGAAGAUAGGCCCGGAGAUCUAUCAGUGCUAUAUCACUAGGUCUCUGUUUUUGAUUCAUCAACCAUUUUCAACGGAGUAGGGCACUAACAGGUACCACGCUCGUUAAAUAUACUGAUCUUCUUUCAGAAAAAAUGUCUUCAAACACGAUUUUCCGAUAAACUGAAGCAUUUUCGAGCAAAAACUUUCUUGAAGUUGAUCGAUCCAGUUUUUUUCUAGAAUAUUUCGUCAUGAUAAUUCUAGAUUCAAUAUGUCUGUAGAUUCACAAAGUGCAGCAUUCAAUGAAUUGAAAAAGAAGCGUGUGUUUGAUGAUAUUACCAGUGCUUCAAAGUCAAAUCAAUCGAAUUCAUCGAUAUCACGUGAUUCAAAUUCGAAACAUGCUAAAUAUAAUUCCAUCGAUGAACCCAAUCAACAUGUGAAGAAAACAAAAUAUGACAAAAAUGACAAAACAUCUGUAUUACCUAAGCGGGGGACAACUGCGUCCCAAAAAGUUGAUAUUUCAUCCGACGAAGACAACGUAGCAACACAAUUUGGGUCCUCAUUGGUUUGGCAAUAUGCUACAAGGUGCAUUGAUCGAAAUUAUGCGAUAUGUAACUUAUGUUUAAAUGACAAACAUAUAUCAACAAACCAUGGAUCAACAUCGACUUUGCGUCAACAUUUAAUAUCGAUGCAUGGGAAAAAUGAAGUGAUGAUACCGAUCGACAAAAAGAAAGACAAAUCAUUACCAUUCAGCCUUGAAAAGAAACGACAAUUAGAUGAUUACCUUAUUAAAUCUGUUGCUAGUGAUGCACGUACAUUUAACGACUUCGGAAA